AUGUACCAUCAUUUCUCCCUUUUAAACGGUGGUAUACGAGGUUGCGGCAGUGGCAAGUACCUGGACAUAAACCCGUCAGUUUUCACGGUUGGUGGAGACAGAUGCACAAGGCUCACAGCACAAGCCAGACAACAUAACAAUGAGCCUAAGGAACCAAAUAAGUCACCAACCAGUGAUACACUAGACUCAAGGGUCGCAGAUAGAAAAAGGAAAGAAAGAAUUAGGCAAAUCAAAGAAAUGCUCAAUAAAGGAAUACCUCCUCUAAGUGUUUCCAGACGGCCGCCUUUCCCUAUUGUGAGGACAAAUAAACCUGAACCAAUAGCUAAAAGUCAUCCAAAGCUUAUGUCUCUUGAGCUUUUCAAUCCAGCUACAGACGACAUGGACAGCGAUUCUAGUGGUGUUUCUUCGCCUGACUCCGUAGAUAGCGUGAUCAGCGUUAUUCCCGAUGAAUUGAGGAAAACUGCUAUGGAAAAAGAUUUGCCAAACCCGUCUACAACAGAAGAAAAGAAAGACAACACACCGCUGAAUACAUCGGAUAAAUCCAAUUCAUCAUCACCUGCACAAAGUCUGAUAGAGGCAGCUGCUGAGGUCGCUCACUCAUUGGACGAAACUUGCGAAACUGUCAUACAAUCCAAAGACAGAUCUAGGUCCCAAUCCCACACUAGUUCCAGUGGAAGCUCCUCGAGCCUAGAGCGUCUCUCGCCUGGCCGACGUUCAAAAGACAGAUCGCCUAAACAGGGAAGUACAAGUAAUUCUACAUGGAGCCUAAACAGACUAUCCCCGAACCGACUAGAUGGACGUUCACUGGACGAAAAGAGUCACAGGAGUCCAACAAGACUACCAUACGAUUCAAUCUCCAUAUCUAGCACCGAUUCAGAAAAAUCUAUUUCCAAAUCUGAAAGUUUUAACAGAAAUAUUGCCAACGAACCAUUGGUGACGUGCAAAUCGGAUAUGUUGGCCAAAGAAGAGGAUUGGAUUGUUGAACAAGAACGUAAUCAACAUCUAACCGAAUUCGCUGAGAAACUCAGCGAAAAGCUACUCCAAGAAAUUGAUGAAUACUCGAAACGUAUAAAUGAAGACGACUUUGACUUGCCAAGCAGUAGUAGCAGUGAAAAAAGUAUUUCACUCCGUCUUAAACGAGAAGAAGAGGAUAGGAAUACACAAAAAAUACUCGACGAGCUCUCUGAUAGUUUGCAACAUCUAGAAGAGCCUUAUGCUAAUAAAUUGAGCACAGAAAUGCACGGCCUAAAAUUAAGCACAAAUGAAAAAAGAUACAUACCACUAAGCGACACUCAAGAGACAGAUAUAAAUAAAUUAUUCCCUAAAUGUGGUUCUAAAACUAAGAGCAAAAAGAGGUCAAAGGAUGUUGAUCCAAUAAUUAACAAAUAUAGAGAAUUAAAAAAAUCCAUGAAAGUAACCAGCGAUGAAGAUAUUUACCUUAAUAAUUGUGCCAACAUACAAUAUAAUGUUACGAAAAUAGUAACGGAUGAGAAGUUGCCUGAAAUCACUGAUAUCAAGAAUCCAGACGACGAUAGCGCUAUUUCGUCAAGCAACGGUAACCCGGAAAUCACUAUAGAAUCAGGAACGUACGACACUAGUCAAUCUUUAGAAACGGGCUACUCUUUAGAAUCCGAGAUAAGUGUAGACUCACUAUGUACCAGUACAGAUAAACGUUCUUCUUUAAAAGUUGGCCAGUCCACCGACUCCAGUGAUUUGGACAAAAUGGAAAUUAGUCCUGAAUCUGUAACAUCCAGAUCGAGUGCCAGUACAGCGCCUUUGAAAUCCGGUUUCUCAGUUGAAUCAAGCGACACUUCAGCCGGCAGCGAUUGGAGUAGACGAGACAAAACCGGCAGCACGGCUUCCUUGGGCUGCGCAAGUCUAAACUCCUUACCGUCAUGCAGCGAAUGUUCCAGAGAGAAGAAACUACUAGAAAAACGAUCUUCCUCCGAAGAUACUGCGACGGUACCCGCGGAAACUUGCAGGGCUGUCACGCAUGCGCCUCUUUUACCAUCACUGAGCGAUGCAUCUGAUAGUUUGCCAUCAGAGGGAGGUGCUGUAACCCUACAUCGUUAUUACCAUGUUUUCAAGAAAGGUGAACUCGAUCAAUUAAUCGAGCAGUACGUGGAGAGUCUGCAUGUCGUAUCGUCGUACUACGAUCAGGCGAGCUGGUGCGUUGUGGCCGAGAAAGUGCAAGUGUGGACGAUCUAA